AUGAGUACGUCCGAGAUUUUUCUCGGUGGGAUGACACUAAUCCUACUUUAUGCUGGAUGUCGUGGGGCUAUUAUAUGUGACGGGCACACUGUCGCUUUCGUCGACGACAACCAUCGCACGUUGUACCGGAAACUACUUAUUGCGCUCUUGUACAUUGUCUGGGCGUCUGAUACAGGAGCCUACGUUAUUGGCAAAGUCCUGGACUACUUCCACUACCCGUACUACAACCCUUUAGCCGCGCACUUGUCCAAGAACAAAGAUUAUGAAGGUACGCUCGGCGCGAUCCUCUUCGGUAUCGUAACCAUGGCAGUAGCCUCCACACUAUUGGACUUACCAGGCUCUUUCGGCCUGAAAGUUGGCUUUACGAUUUUAGCGGUUGUUGUCGGGCGAUUGGGAGAUUUGUUCGAGAGCUUAUUGAAGCGAGCCGCAGGUGUCAAAGACUCCGGGACACUGAUCCCAGGCCACGGAGGCGUACUGGAUCGGAUUGAUGCACUCAUGUUCGCUGCGAUCGUCUUCUCACGCUACUACGCAUUGCAGUCGUGAGAUAGGAGUGAAAAACCACGUAUCUAACGCUUAUAGCCAUUUUAGCAUUGUUCUGUCAGUUAAAUGUCGCUAAAAUAUAUUUUUUA